CCCGUACACACCGUGCAUGUAUUUGUCCCGAUCACGGUGCAGUCCGUUGCCGGGCGGCAUAGAGGAGGAGGCUGAAUGACGUGCCAGUGCACUUGCCAGUCGCUGACACGUCUUCGCACCACCCCGGCCAUGCAUCCAGGCAACGUACACACCGAGAAUCCCAAGACACCACGACACGCCCUCUCACUCAGAUCUCAAAACCGCAUCUGUCUCAUCCAAGCAAAAAGGGUGUGCCACACCCACGAGGUCUUUUCUUUCACACCCGCACACCGACCGAACAGCACCAAGCAUCACCUUCCUCCGUUCAUCAACCAUCCACUGGCUGAUUAUCCUUCCUUCUCUUCUUGCUCUUGGGCUUCGCCAUCUGCCCAUCGUCGUCUUCAUCCCCCUCAUCUGGCUUGUCCUUGAUGGCGGCUGGGGCGGCCACGCCGUCCCCCUCCUCUCUCUUGACAGCCAGCAGGUCCAGCAGCUGCUUGUUCUGCCCCGCCAGUCGCUGCACCAGCUUGACGGCGUUCCGAGCCGCCGUCUGGUGCCGGCCGCCGCCGCCCUCCUUCUUGCCCCCCUCCUCCUUGGACAGCUCCUGCAGCUGAGCGCUCUGUGAGAGGAACGCGUCACGGGCCGUGUGGAGGUCAGCAGACACGUCGUCGGUCGGGGGCGUGACGAGGGCGAAGAGGGCUUUCCUGAGGGCCUCGAGGACGGUCUUCUUGUAGCUGGCACGCUGCAGCGCCGAUGCGAACUCCUUCGCGCCGUCCUGCUGCUGCGUCAGCUGCAGGCACUUGAGGCACGACUCGAGCAGCGCCAUCAUCAGCUCAACGGCAUGGGCGGUCUUGCCCUGCUGUGCGAGCAUCGCCAUGUGAGCCUUGACGAACAUGUCCCCCUGGAUGGCGAUGCACUCCCGCUGCAGGAACACCGACCGUGCGGAUGUGGCCACGGCGGCGAAGGGCACCUCGGCGCACCAGAGAGGGUGGCGCGUCAUAAAGAAGCGGAAGAAGGAUGACGUAAGGUGGCAGCUCUUCUUGGUCGUCCACUGCGUCAGGGCGGCCGUCAGGGUGUCGCGAGCACACGCAUCAGGCGAUGCAGACAGCCGAAAGACGAGGGCGAGCAGGGCGGCACCGAGGGCGCUGUACAUGACUUGGGCUUUGUCGGGGACCUUCCUGCUGCACAGCUCCACCAGCGCCUCACAGUGCCCCUUCACAUACGCCUCGUCGACUGCUGUCAUCUCGCCACCAUCGGCCGCUCUGAACUCCUUCCGCCUGACGAAGGCCUCGAUGGUCGACCCCAGCUUGCGCGCGAAGUCCCUCACGAGCGCUGGCAGGCCCUUUACCCCACCCAGCUGCCGGGAGGCGCUCAAUGACAGCGUCUCUCGAUGGACGCCGAAGAGAGCAAUGGCCGUGUCCAUAGCCGUGGUGAGCCGGUCGGCAGUGUCGAGAGGGGCGUGUAGGAGGUAGGCCUGCAGUGCGUCGAGGGCUCGGAUACGGACGUGGAGGUUGUCAUGCAAGGCCUUGAGGCGCUGCUUCCUCUUGGUCUCCUUCUUGGCCUCCUCGUCGAUAGCGGCCUUCUGCGCGGCCACUGCCGAUGCGGGUGGGAGGUGCUCGAGCUCCAGGUCGCCUGCAAAGGCAGCGAAGGCCGCUGCUGCAUCGAGGCUGAUGUCCUCCUCUCCCUCUCCUUGCUCCUGCUCUUGCUCCUCUUCUUGCUCGCCAUCGCGCUCGUCUUCGUUUUCUUCUUCACCUUCGUCAUGAUUGUCGCCAUUCAUGACCACGUCGGCCUCUUCUGCCUCGUUCUCCUCUCCGUCUCCCUCACCCUCCGUCAUGGCGACCAUGGGGUGCUCGCCCGUGACCACCUGCAGCAUCUGCCUCACGGUGGCGUCCGAUGCCUGUGGCCCCACCGCAGCCCACAUCUGGUCCACCACCUGCCGUACCAUGCCCUCAGACGCACCCCCGCCCUCCAGUAGCACCGACGGGGGCAACGCAUCGGCCACUCGUGUCGCCCAGGAUGCUGCUGAUGGCUUGCUGUCCUUGGGCACGGCCGAGAGGAGGGCUUUGCGGAGGGUGGUGACGUGUGUGAGGAAAUUGGCCAUGUCCUCCUGGAAGGCCGCCGUGUCGGCUGCGGAGGGGGGCGCGAGAGGGAGGAUGGGGGAGUGGGCGUCCUUCUUGGCUCGCUUGGAAGGACGCUCGGCCUCAUCGGCGCCUGAACAUUACAAAAAGAGAAAAUAAAUGCAUUGCCGCCUUGACGAGUGGGUGGUCUGCUUGCCUUCAUGUAUCUGGGCGGCCGGCCUGCGCUCGCUGAAGUCCAGCGCCGCCAACAGAGGGUACAUGGCCAGCGCACUCACACCCACUGCACACGCCAUGAUGCCGCCAGCGUCACCCCCCUCCUCCUUCGACAGCUUGACCGCCCGUUUGGCCACUUUGAUCGCCGUGUCGGCCGCCUCCACACACGUGCCGAUCACCGCGCUGUCCAGCACACCGCGGGCACAUAUCCGCAUGGUCGUCACCACGUCACGCAUCUCUCCCGUGUCCUUCUUUUUCUUCUGCUGCCGACAGGCGAUGGUGUUCUCGCCCUCAGCCAUCCUGGCUGCCGCCUUGAGCAGCGCCGCCAGAGUCCUGACAGUCUCGAGGGCGGCCUUGGCAAGCUCGCCUUGGUCAGUGCCCCCCUUCUUGUGGAUUUGUUUGCAUAAGAUGCGGCCGGUCUCGCCGAUGACGCCCGCCAGCUUGCCGUUGAGAAAGUGGAUCAGCGGCUCAUGCGUUGGCGUGUCGUGCCCGAUGGACAGCAGGGGCACCAAUGGCGUCUCCUGUCCGUCAAGGUCACCCUCCUCCCCUUGCAGGCCGUCGUAUGUGAGGGUCAGUGGGGUGCCGGCCGUGCCGGUGACCAGGUGGGCGGGGGCAAAGAGAAAGAGCGAGACGGUGCGCAGCAGAUAGGCAUCGACUGAGGCUGCUGCAGAUGAAGGGUUUGAUGCAUCAGCGGCUGUGGCUGUAGUGGUGUGCGGCAGGUGCACCAGCCGGUCGACGAAGAAGCGCACUUGACGGGCAACCUCGUUCUGACACAGAACGGAGGGAGAACACGCGACUGAUUUGUUCAAACCGCCUUUGUCUUCGUUGGAUCAUGCUUACGUCCACGUGAGUGACGGCGAGUUGCUUGAAGGCCCUCUCUGCGAAUGCCCGCCGGUCCCCUUCAUCCAACGGCGCAAGAAACAUGCGAUGGAGCCUAAACACACAGACGGGAGGGCAAUCAUCAUUUCGAUCCUGCUGCCAUGGGCAUCAGUGCUCACCUUGAUGCGACUUUGCGGUUGAGGGGUCGGUGUUUGGUGGCCUCUGCCAGUGUCCACCACACCUCCAUCCGCACAUCGCCGUCGAUAUGCAUCGGCACACUCCACAUGGCCGCAGACCUUCGCUGAGUGCUCUCCUCCGUGGCCCACAGCCACUCCCGCAUUAUGUGCUCCUGCAGUCUCUCGGGCGUCGCAUCAUAUGCAGCAGUGUCUUCUACCGCCUUGCCGCUGUCUCCGCUGCUGCCGCCCCGCUUCCCUUUCUUCUGUGUGGCGGCCGUGGGCUUGGUGAGUGAGCGCAGAGAGUCGCCCGUGACGAGCUCAUAGAAUCGAUCGAGGAAGAAGUGGGCAGCGGCGAAGAGGGGGUUUGAUGGGGCACCUGUCAGCCGGUCUGCGAGGCAGCUGAUGAAAUGGGGGCCGCCAACGAGAAAGAUCUGAACACAACAUGCACGUGUAAAACACAGACAGCCGAUGAUUGACGGCUGCGCCAACAUCAAUCACUGCCCUCCCAUCCCCCCACCUUGAUGAGUUGCUGCAGCUUUUCGUCAUCGAUGGUGGCGUUGCCCUCGUCGUCACUGUUGUUGAGUGAGAUGCGUUUGAGCCGCAUGAGUAUCUCCAGAGCCACCCUGAAGCCGAUGAAGUUCCUCUCGUGUGGGUACCGCACCUUGGUGACAAAAAAGUGCCCGUCGAUCUCGGGCCACACCGUUCCGAACACCGACACGGCGUCACUGAAUGAAAGAAGAAAGACGGAGAGAGGAGUGAGUAAGCUGCCGGCAGCGGGUGUGGUGGAUAUUGCGCAUUCGUUACUUGAAUGGCGACUCGAACACCAGGUCCAGAAACGAAUCCCACAGCGAAUGCAACCUGGAAGAACACAACUCGUCCACUUUAUCACAUCACCGCGUAAGUCAUUGACCUUAUUGCUGCUCCGCCCACCUACCUUGGAUGGUACAUAGGUGUGCCCCAGAGGUACACCAUCACGGACCUCAGCCUCCCACCAGCCAGAGGGUUCUUGUGGACGAACGUCCACGGCUUGAAUGCAGCCGGGGGGAUGCCGUCGGGAGCGUUGUCGUUGGGCGCCAUCUCGCUCUCCAGCCGCUUCCGCAGCCGCAGCAGGAUGUCCAGGAGGGCGCAUGGGGGCGAGUUGAGACGGAGACCCACACCUGCAAGGGAAUGAACCCACGAUGCAUGCAUGGCUGGCCAAGCGUGUCCGUCCCUCGUCUUGUCUUGGUUGCCCACCGCUUGCGUCCUUUUUCUUGUUGUGUGUCUUGCUCUUCUGGGCGUCAUCUGCGUCGUCGAUUUGCAUCAUGUGUUGGUCGCCGUCCAGCUGGUCGAGUGAGUCGGCGAACAGCUGCAGUGUGUGGGGGUCGAAGACCUUGGACAGACGAGACGUGAUGAACUUGACCGAUACAGAGGGGUCGAACCUGACGCCAACAAACACAUGUACGCAUGACGGUCGCGAUGACUGACGUUGAUUGAGUGGCCGUGUGCAUGUUCUGCAUACUGUGCGACGCUGCGUGUGAUGAGUGUGAUGGCGUGCGCGGCGGCCUCCUGCAGAUAGACCUUGCCGUCAUACACGCCCCAAAGACCCUCAUACACGCCCUCGAUGUACGGCAGACACUGAACCAACGAAGCAAAUCACACCAACACACAUAGUCAGUCAACACCGCGUACCAUAGCCUUUUGUCGAUUGUCCUGUUUGUGCUCACGUGUUUUGUGUUGAAGAAGCCGCACCGCUGCAGGGCGAGAUAGCCGAACAGGCGACCCAACAACAGAUCUGCCAACACACAAACAAGACCCACAUAUGCGCAGCGACACGACAAAGCCUUCCUGGAUGAAUCUGUACCACCCCUUCCCUUCAACGCGCGCACCUUUGUGCUCAUUGGACGAGACUUUGCUGGUGAUCUGUGUGGCUUGGUCAAUCUGGGUCAGCACGUCGCUGCGCGGCACCUCCUUCUUGAAAGUGGACAGCACCGUUGUCAGUGCCGACGCAUACCCCUGCCGCACACAGUCCCUGAAGGACGUCAGACCACGCACCUGCGCACACCCAGACAAGGAGAAAACACACACACGACUUAUCAAGUCCCUCGAAGCAUGCAUUCGCUCCCACUCAGUCCACUCACUCACCAGUCGCUUGACGGAGUAUUCGAGAUCUGAUGAGAACUUCUCGCCGCUGCCCCUCUGCUGUUCGGCCUUGAGUGUGUCAACCAUCAGCUGCACCGCCCGCCGCCGUCUGCCGAUGGACGUAUCGCCCAGAUCCCAGAACAACUGCAUAAACGACUGAUCUUCCAUAAUGCUCCAAGCGAGGAACAGCCCCAGAGGAC